AUGGGGAAUUACAAAUCCAGACUAACACAGAUUUGCUCUGAUGAAUGGAAGAAGAAAGUUAGUGAAUCUUAUGCUAUUAUAAUAGAAAGACUGGAAGACAACAUGCAGAUCAAAGAAAAUGAAUCUGUAGAACUAAGGCACAUCUUUGGCUCUGAUGAAGCCUUUGCGACAGUCAGUCUAAAUUAUUGCUCAGAGCAUGGGCUGUUGCUGCUUCACCUGUGCUGCAUGUGUGGGGGCAACAAGUUGCAUAUCCGCGCCCUUAUGUUAAAAGGGCUCCGUUCAUCCAGACUGACAAGGAACGAGUUUCCAGCUCUGCACUUGGCAGUUUACAAGGAUAGCCGGGAACUGAUCACCUCCCUGUUGCACAGUGGAGCAGAUGUUCAGAAAGCGGGAUAUGGAGGCCUCACAGCCCUGCACAUUGCUGCGAUAGCUGGUCACCCAGAGCUGAGUCUUGCUGCAGAAGCGUUGCUGCAGCAUGGAGCCAGUGUUAACGUUCAAGGGCUCUUCUUCACUCUGCUGCGCACCGCAGCCUUCUAAGGGUGUGAGUAGGUAACCAGUGUCCUUUUGAAGUUUGGCACUGAUGUCAAUGUAAGCAGUGAAGUUGGAGAUAGGCCUCUGCACCUGGCCUCUGCCAAAGACUCCUUCAGCAUUGUAAAACUCCUGCUAGAAGAGGGGAACAAAGCAGAUGUGAAUGCUCUGGACAAUGAGGACCAUGUCCCUCUGCACUUCUGUUCUCAAUUUGGAUACCACAAUAUAGUAAACUACUUGUUCCAGAGUGACCUGGAGAUUCAGCCUCAUGUCAUUAACAUCUACGGAGACACUCCUUUGCACCUGGCAUGCUACAAUGGACAUUUUGAAGUUGCAAAGGAAAUUGUCCACAUAACAGGAACUGAAAGCCUGACUAAGGAGAACAUCUUCAGUGAGACAGCUUUUCACAGUGCUUGUACCUAUGGCAAGAACAGUCUUGAUCAGAAUGUCAUGAAUGUUAAUCACCUAGGAAAAGACGGACACACAGGAUUAUACUCUGCUUGCUACCAUGGCUACAUUCGCCUGGUUCUGUUCCUACUGGAUAAUGGUGCAGAUAUGAAUCUAGUCGCGUGUGAUCCCAGCAGGUCUAGUGGUGACAAAGAUGAGCAGAUGUGUUUGAUGUGGGCUUAUGAAAAAGGACAUGAUGCCAUCAUCACACUCCUGAAGCACUAUAAGAGACCCCAGGAGGAGUUUCCAUGUAAUGAGUAUUCACAGCCUGGAGGAGAUGGCUCCUAUGUGUCUGUUCCAUCCCCCUUGGGGAAGAUUAAAAGCAUGACAAAAGAGAAGGCUGAUGUUCUCCUCCUGAGGGCUGGGUUGCCCUCCCGCUGCUUUCAUCUUUAGCUUUCUGAGUUCCAUGAGAUUGUCGGCUCAGGUUCUUUUGGGAAAGUCUGUAAAGGGUGAUGCAAGAACAAAAUAGUAGCGAUCAAACGGUACCGAGCCAACAGCUACUGCUCCAAGUCAGAUGAGACUAUGUUUUGCCAAGAGGUGUCCAUCCUCUGCCAGCUCAGACACCCCUGUGUGGUUCAGUUCAUAUGCACCUGCCUGGAUGACCCCAGCCAGUUUGCCAUUGUCACAUAAUAUAUUCCGGAUGGCUCCCUGUUCUCCCUCCUUCAAGAACAGAAGUGAAUUCUUGACCUGCAGUCUAAACUAAUUAUUGCCGUCGAUGUUGCCAAGGGCAUGGAGUACCUGCACAGCUUGGUGCAGCCAGUCCUACCCCAAGACCUCAACAGCUACUUGGCUUUCCUCAAGGAUGAUGGACACUCACUGGUCAGAAGGUUUGGUGAAUCAAGAUUUCUGCAGUCACUGGAUGAAGACAACAUGACAAAACAGCCAGGGAACCUGCGCUGGAUGGCUCCGGAGGUGUUCAGUGCACGCUACACCGUCAAGGCCGCCGUCUUCAGCUAUGCCCUGUAGGAGCUCCUCACCAGCGAUCCAUUCGCGCAUCUCAAGCCAGCAGCUACAGCAGCAGAUACGGCGUCCCACCACAUCAGACCUCCCAUCGGCCCCUAUCCUCAGCCCCUCUCAUCUCUGUUCUUGGGGGGCUGGAACACAUGUCCUGAGGGGAGGCCUGAGUUCUCCGAAGUUGUGAGGAAGCUGGAGGAUUCUCUGUGCAACGUUGAGUUCAUGUCUCCAGCAUCAAGUAACAGCAGUGAUUCUCUGUCACCUUCCUCUUCCUCCGAUUGCCUGGUAAGCCGGGGAGGGCCUGUCCAGAGCCUUGUGGCCGCUUUAUCAACUUUUGAAUUGGAAUAUGCCCUAAAUGCAAGGUCCUAUACUGCGUGGUUCCAAAGUGUUGGGGCACACUCCAAUCCAGACCUGUCUUUGGAGGAAAUGAACAGAAGUGCCCAGAACUCAACCAUUGACGAAUAUGGUAAGUACCUGUCUGAUCCCACGAGCCCAGUGCACCUUCACUGCCGGAACAAUGGCAGCUUUGAGGACGGCGGCUGA